UGGAGAUCCACAGAGCCCCUGAGGCUUGGACUAGAGCUCAGGAACAGAACUCGGACCCUAGGAUCAAGGUCCCCCUUCUCCACUGAUAUUUUAUGCUGGAGAUAGAAUUGGUUCUUUUCCCAACUUAAAGGUGUGUCUGAUCAGAAGGAGCUGGAGUGUCUCUGAGAAGCAAAGGGGGAACCUCACUUCUCUGGGAUCUCGGGAGCCAAAUCAGGCACAAAGAAUCUUUAACUCAAUACAUCUUGUGAACAUCAAGGGAGAGCGCUAUUCUAUAGAGCAGAUUAAAAAAAAAAAAAAGAGGACAAAAAAGAAUCAACAAGACUGAUCAAUCUAUUUAAAAAAAACCCCAAAUCUAUGUAAUGUUACAUACUUGUGGACCUCUCACUAUUACAAAGGAGUGUGUGUGUAUGUGAGGGUAAAGAAACAUGGAUCCCAUCAGCCAAGCUUCUCCAAAGGAUGUGCUGCCCAAGCACAUCCUGGACAUCUGGGUCAUCGUCCUCAUUAUCCUGGCCACCAUUGUGAUCAUGACCUCUCUGGUGCUGUGCCCAGCCACAGCUGUUAUCAUUUACCGAAUUCGGACUCAUCCCAUACUUAAUCAGGCCUUUUGAAGCCUCUGGAUGUUGGGGGUGGAGAGAGUACCCGGAUGGGCUUUUGUUGCUAGGACCUGGCCUAGAAAAUUCCCCCUCCUUAGCAAAGGAAUGAGAAGAGAAGGAAAAUGGUUUGAAGCUACCAAAGAGGACUAGAUCUUGUCUGGGAAAUGCCUUUAUGAUGUACAUCUUCAUCAGCAACCAUCAACAGUGAUGGAAGAAGGAAGCUUUCUGGCAGGGCUGGUCUACUUCUGUCAAGCAGAUCCGACUCAGUUUCAGGAUGUACAAGCUACGAGGGGAAGCCUCCUGAGUUUGGGACUUCUGGAAGUCAGAGAUGCUCCUAGAGAUAUCACCAGGGACAGAGAUGACUGAGGUCUUACUUCUUCCCUCUUCCUACAUCUCCUUAAAAGUACAAGUUCUUCCAUUCACCAAUAAAGCCCUCUCUGUUCUGGGUAGUCCCCUACCAAGUUUUCUAUCAUGUUAAAUUCUUGGUAGGACUUUAUUCUUAGCUAGUUACAAGUUAACUAAGGAGCUAGCUUAUUAUAGUUUAAGCACUCUUCCCCAUUAGGACAUUUAUAUUUUAAUAAAAUACUAUAUUCAAGUUUUCAUUGCCUAAAGGAAUGACUAGUAGUCAAUAAACAUUUA